AUGGCUCUAAAUAUAGAGAAUGAUCCCCUGAUGUGUAAAUGUUUUCCUAUAAGCCUAUCUGGACCAGCACUCAACUGGUUCAAGAACCUGCCGAGGGGCUCAGUGGACAGUUUCCGAAGCUUGUGCGAUCGGUUCAUAAGCCAAUACUAUGGGAAUAAGCGCCCGGCCAAGGAUAUCUCGAGUCUUUUCACAAUGAAGCAGUAUGAAGACGAGUGUCUCCAAGCUUUUCUUACUAGGUUCAACCUUACUAAGAGCAUGGUGAUUGAGUGCCAUCCUUUCACAGUGGUCCAAGCGUUCAAGCUAGCAAUGAAUCGUGGUACACCAUUUCACGCGAGCUUGGUGGUGAACACACUGAAGACUAUGGAUGAGUUGAAUGAAAGAGCUGAUGGAUUUGUGUGUUUGGAAGAGGAAGAAGCAGCUAACGCUCGGAAAACCUCCAUAAUAUCAACGGAGGAGGAGACCAAAGCCAAGAUCCGUCAAAAACAUGCUCCACCACAGAGACAGACCUCUUGGAAGGCAGAGAAGAGGCCUAGAGAAGAAGAGCUCAUCACUCUACUAAAAGUUACUCUGGAACUUAAGGAGGCAGGUGGAGAUGCUGAUAGCAAGAGGAGAAUUUGCGGGAUAUAUUCAAGGGCCGGCGGUGAAGCAGACCGAUUGGUAGCGCAAAUAAAGUUUGACAGAACGGAUCUGUUGCAUAUUCAGACACCACAUGAAGAUCCAUUAGUUGUCAGCUUGACAGUGGCGGAAUCUUUAGCAUGCAGAGUUCUGAUUGAUCCUGGAAGCAGUGCAAACAUCAUGCCAAGAAUUACGUUCGAUCGACUCGAGAUUAAACCAGAGAAGCUUAAGCCGACCAGGAAUCCAUUGCUAGGAUUUGAUGGAAAAUGGGUGGACCCCAUUGGCAUGGUAGAAGUAACAGUGCAAGCCACUGAAAGAGUUUUGACUGAGAGCUUUGUGGUCAUUGAAAUCCACCCAUCUUAUAACCUCCUGAUGGGAAGAGGUUGGAUUCACAGAGUCCAAGGUGUUCCAUCAACUCUGCAUCAAGUGAUGAGGUGCCUGGGACCAGACAGAACAAAGAAGCAGAGAAGGUUUGCCCCAGAGCGUAAUCAAAUCAUAGCUGAAGAGAUUGACCGGUUGCUUGAUGCAGGAUUCAUCAGAGAGGUGCAGUACCCGGAUUGGCUCUCGAAUGUCAUUGUUAUGCAAAAGAAGAAUGGGAAAUGGUAA